AUGAUUGAGACCGGCAUGAGCAAGUCAGGCGAAGAUGAUGCACUUCGCGAAGCCUACCGCCGGAUUGACGAGCUGCGGCACACUCAUUAUGCCAGCGAUACAUCCGAGACCAACCAAUUUCCAUACCUAUUUGGUGAUGAUCCGUUGGCGAUGUCGUUGUCUUCCAAACCCCUUUACGAAGGGAUGCACACAUCCUCCUUAACAGCCCCAGCUUCCGGCUACUUACUCACCGACCGAGGCACGUUCGUGGGUGAUAACCAGCACAAUCGAGCCUCUGGUUCUGGCAAGCCUUCUCUCAACCCUGCCCCUGGGAACAAGGAAAAGAAUCUGGCAGCCGACAAAGCUUACGCCAAUAACAAGGUGCUUUCCGGUGACGAGGAUGGCCGCGCAAGAGCCGACAUUGAAGAACUCGCACCCGUUAGCAGCAAUCUGGUACCGACUUAUCAAUCCGAGCUGAACGGUCGCAAUCUGCGCUGCUACCGACGACAGUUGAUGGCCAGCCUCAGCCGACGCCUUGAGUUGCCGCUAAUUCUGCUCACGGAGCCUAGCGACUGUCCGUCCACGGAACUGGCCGGUCUGGCAAAUUGGUUUCCGGUGCCUGCAAUCAACGCAAACUACCGGUACCAUCCAGUCGACAGGCAGGGCGGUCCGAAGAAGCGACCGCUAAACGCACACUCGGGCAUGAAUUCAGGAUCCGGAUCCGGACCUGCAUUGACGUCUGAGUCGACAUCUGUCAGGAGGGUCAAGGCGAUCAACUCACACGGUCUCAUACUGUCUCUGGGCCCGAAUUCCGAGCUUUUGGGCGACCUUGUGCGUGACAUCAUCCGACCGAUGGAGGAGAGAUGGAGGAAAAUUGGAAUCCUUUAUGAAGAACCUUCGGGCGAGUUUUCCUAA